CUUUUUAAUACAAGUCUUUCUUACAUUUCAUUCACUCUCUGAUAAUGAAUUUUACUCAUCGCAAAAGGAAUCUCCAUAAAGGUUCAACCCUUUCUUCUUCUCGUCCGUAUAACGUGAAAUAAUAUUUCAUGAUGGACGAUAGUCUGUACUUAAAGUAAAAAAUCGAUACGAAUGUACACCUAACAUAUGUACUUAUUAUCAUUGAAAGAUAUAAUUUCAAAGCAAAUGAUUGGAUGUGGAACGUUAGAAGGAAAUUUUCAUUUAUUAAAAGGAGGAGUUAACGUGUCGGUCAGUCAGUCUUUCAAUCUACUCGUUCGAGGAUUAUUAAUAAACCAUUUCUCUUCAGAAGGAAGUAUCAUGAAAGAAAUGAAGUAGUGUUAACAUAUACAAACGUUAUAGUAGAUACUUGAAGAAGAAGAGUUCAAAACGAUGAUUAAAAUAUCUGCAGAAAGAGCAAUUCUCUUUUUAAAAGCUAGCGUUAUCUUGACUGCCUGUUGGCCACCUUCACCAAAGGCAACGCGUUCUCAUAUCAUUUUAUUUGAACUCUCUUGGUAUGUCCUUUUCGCCAACGCUCUGUUCCUUUUAUUUCCAUUGAUAAAUGCUAUUUAUGAAAAUCGUACUGACUCCAUUGUCAUGACCAAAUCGAUCUGUCUGUUUUGUGCUGUUGCACAAAUCACUUUUAAAAUGAUACUCUGUCGUCUUGAACGUUCUCGAUUUCAAUCUUUACUCUUCGACUUGGAGAAAUCUUGCAAAAUUGAAACUAGUCAAGAAAAAAUUGUAUUUGAAAGAUACAUAAAUAAAUGCAAAUAUAUUCACCUACUUUACACGAGUUUAUGCUAUUUAACAGCAAUCAUAGUUAUCUGUAGUCCACUAUAUACGUACCAGAGAUUUCCAACUAAUGCUAAAUAUCCUUUUUCUGUAGAUCAUUCUCCGAUUCGUGAAAUAAUCUUUCUUCAUCAGACCUUAGUAGGUUUACAGGUUUCGGCUGGUAUGUGUAUUGAUUGUCAACUUGCUGCUCUUCUCUGGUACGUCGGUGCUAAAUUCGAAGUACUAUCAAAGAAUAUCAGAGGAUUUAAAAAGGUGAAAGAAUUGAAUGCUUGCUUAAAAAAACAUCAGGAAAUUCUCAGAUAUGCAGCUGAAACCAAAGAUGUUAUUUUGCAUUUGAUUUUAACUACCACACUAACGACUACGAUGGGUAUUAUCUUUGCUGGUUUAAAUAUCGUCGAUAGUAGUAAUAUCUCCUGGGAUGUAUAUAAUUCGAACUGGUUGAAAACUAAUCCUUGUGUAAGAAGAAAUCUUGUACAAUGUAUCAUGAGAUCGCAAAAAUUUGAAACAAUUCAUGUUGGAAAGCUGAAAAUGCCAUUUUGUCUUCAAUAUUAUGCUUCAUUCUUGACUUCAUCUUUCUCUUAUUUCACUACGUUGAGAGCAGUACUUGGAAAAGAAUAAUAUGGCAUCAUCAUGUAAGAUGAAAAAAGAAGAUAAGAAGAAGAAAAAAGAAAAUAUACAAGUUUAUACCGAAGAUGGAUAUUAAGGCCAUGAAAACAUAACAAUAGUGAAAUUAGUUGAAUAAAAAGCAGAAAAUAAUUAAAAAGUUCUUGAAACGUUUAUACACUUAC